UUCUCCCCCAAACACUCGACCUAGAACACAUAUUCGCUCUGAAUUUGACCAAAGUCUUGAUAGUCCUCUAGGACUUGCUAAACAAAACAUUCGUCCUAUGCUGCUCUUGCAGCCGUGCGACGUUCGUGAUCAAGGCUACUUUUGAGACUGGCGAACUCCAACCAUCUGCCUAGAAAGGCUAGGAUGCGUGAGACCAUUUGAAAGCAACUUCAUCCCAGUGUACAGUCUUGAGCAUGGCAGAUUUACGUAUACUCUGAGUAUCAGGUUCACAUCAUGGCAUCCAGUUACUGGGACUCAACCCAGAGGCGAAACUGGACAUACACGAAACCAGAGCUUGCGGAUAUCCGUAAGAAACUAGAGGACUCGGAGCGAGUACUGGUCUCCCAGUAUCCGUUACCAGAUCGCCGUCUACUGAGCCAAUACUUUGCUCAACAGUUGCAGAAGCUGGGAAAGCCUCUCUCUGUCCGACAACAAGCUUUAGCUACAGCUCAAAUCUAUAUCAGACGCUUCUACACGAAAGUCGAAAUCCGCCGGACCAAUCCGCUCCUUGUCGUAGCGACAGCCCUGUACCUCGCCUGCAAGAUGGAAGAAUGCCCCCAGCAUAUCCGUCUGCUCUCAGCUGAAGCCAAUCACAACUGGCCAGAUUUUGGACCCAAGGAGCCCUCUAGGAUCGGUGAAUGCGAGUUUGCCCUCAUCGCAGAGAUGAAUUCGCAACUCAUCAUCCACCAUCCUUACCGAAGCAUGACCGAGCUUCAGUCUAGUUUUCCCCUCAGCCAAGAGGAGAACAAUCUUGCCUGGAACAUCAUCAACGACCAUUAUCUCACGGAUCUUCCUCUCUUACAUGCUCCCCAUCUGAUAGCAAUCACAGCAAUGGUUCUCGCUGUCGUUCUGAGGCCCCAACAAAGCACGCACCAAGUUCAUGCUGCGAAUGUCGCCAAUGCAUUGCAGGCAUUGAGCAACCCUAAGGCAGCACCCGGAGCAAACGGGCCUGGUGGAGCGAACAUCCAGAUCAGGAUCCAGAAGCUGAUCACUUGGCUGGCGGAAAGCUCUGCAGAUAUCGAAGCCAUCGUCGACUGCACCCAGGAACUCAUCAGUCUGUACGAGGUCUGGGAUCAGUACAACGAAAAGGUCUGCAGAGAGCAAAUCAACCGAUUUGUGAAGGGUAAAGGUUUGGAGAAAUAAUAGUCUUGCCGCAAGUGUAAAUUUUCAACGAAGAAUAUUACUCCUUAGGAAAUAAUGUUUGACUGGUGGCGCUACGGCUCGGCACAGCCACAGCCAGCUUGAGUCACAGCUACUAAUGUCG